GGACGGUUGUUGCUGUACCUCAGGGGACAGGGCGGGGCGGGAGGAGGCGGGGCCAGGCCUGGUCUCUGAUAAUGGGAUGGGUGGUGCUGGACCUCUGGGGCGGGGCCGGGCCUCGUGGCGGGAGGAGGCAGGGCAGGGCCUCUGGGAUGGGGCUGGACGGCUUGUUGCCGGAAACGAGCCCUUGACGCUGUGGCCCGGAAGUGGAGCGGCUGUCGCAGUGCGGCUCCGGCAGUGGCAGCGGAGGCCUGUGUUUGCGGCCUUCGGCAAGCGACUGAGAUGGCGAGCGCAACUGCACCUGCAGCCGCAGUCCCCACCCUGGCUUCGCCUUUGGAGCAGCUCCGGUACUUGGCGGAGGAGCUGCGGUUGCUCCUGCCUCGAGUGCGGGUCGGCGAAGCCCAGGAGACCACCGAGGAGUUUAAUCGAGAGAUGUUCUGGAGAAGACUCAAUGAGGCAGCUGUGACUGUGUCAAGGGAAGCCACGACUCUGACCACAGUCUUCUCUCAGCUUCCACUGCCGUCUCCACAGGAAACCCAGAAGUUCUGUGAACAAGUCCAUGCUGCCAUCAAGACAUUUAUUGCAGUGUACUAUUUGCUUCCAAAGGAUCAGGGGAUCACCCUGAGAAAGCUGGUACGGGGCGCCACCCUGGACAUCGUGGAUGGCAUGGCUCAGCUCAUGGAAGUACUUUCCGUCACUCCAACUCAGAGCCCUGAGAACAAUGACCUUAUUUCCUACAACAGUGUCUGGGUUGCAUGCCAGCAGAUGCCUCAGAUACCAAGAGAUAACAAAGCUGCAGCUCUUUUGAUGCUGACCAAGAAUGUGGAUUUUGUGAAGGAUGCACAUGAAGAAAUGGAGCAGGCUGUGGAAGAAUGUGACCCUUACUCUGGCCUCUUGAAUGAUACUGAGGAGAACAACUCUGACAACCACAAUCAUGAGGAUGAUGUGUUGGGGUUUCCCAGCAAUCAGGACUUGUAUUGGUCAGAGGACGAUCAAGAGCUCAUAAUCCCAUGCCUUGCGCUGGUGAGAGCAUCCAAAGCCUGCCUGAAGAAAAUUCGGAUGUUAGUGGCAGAGAAUGGGAAGAAGGAUCAGGUGGCACAGCUGGAUGACAUUGUGGAUAUUUCUGAUGAAAUCAGCCCUAGUGUGGAUGAUUUGGCUCUGAGCAUAUAUCCACCUAUGUGUCACCUCACCGUGCGAAUCAAUUCUGCGAAACUUGUAUCUGUUUUAAAGAAGGCACUUGAAAUUACAAAGCUGGCCUGGACUCUCACCAUCUUUUCAGAGGGGACUUCAGCGGCAAAGAGGGAAUGGUGAACACAUGACUCCUCUGAGAGGAUUUUUAGGGACAAGGAAAAGCACCGAGUUACCAUCAUGGUCUGCAUAUUCUUAUGAAUAAUUUAGAAGUAUAAAAGAAGUCCCUUCGAUCACUGCAGCAGCAAGCACUGGGUAAGAUGGGCCCUACCCACUCCUUCCCAUGGGCCUAAGCUCCAGGAUGGGACUGGGUGUGGGGAGGGAAAAGAGGCUUAGUCUUCUGCGGGCUUGCAUCCUGAGGGAUCACACAUUUCUUUGCUUUUCUCCCUGCUGUGGAUGCUAUUGCCUGUCUUUUUGUCCUCCUCGGACCCUUCUGUAGGAACUGUCCCCACACCCUGGGAGGAGGGGGCCAUUUGUGAUUUGGGGGUUUCUGAGGCCAUGGUGGUGGGGCAGGUCUCUCAGAGGGCUCUUGUCUCACCCCUGCCCCAUUCUGGUUCCCCAGCCUCUCGCUUACCAAGGCACCCAACACACGGGCCACGUGCACCGGCUGGCUCCACUUCUCUACCUGCUUGUCCUCGCUCAGCAAGCGCAGGCUGAGGUCAAUGACAUCCCCCUCGAACUGUUAAGGAUCACACAGGGCCAUGAUGAAGGGUCCCCAGGUCAGGCACUCAUCCUGCAGGACAGCCUCAUCAUCUCGUCCUUCUCCCAGACCCGCACUCCACACCUGCCUCCCUUGCCUCGUCCCUCUGAGGAGCUCUGGCUCCCUCCCCCCACCUCUCAAUGGGACCUGGGUUCCUUUUCCCAGGCAUCCAGUCCUUUGCCUAGCUGUUUUCUGACUCCCAGUAGGGUGUGAGCUCUCAGGGACCCAUGCUGUACUGUUUCGUUUCAUUGCAUUGCAUUCCAUUUCCAUUUAGUGAACCCUGACUGCUCCUACCAGCCCUGAACCGGGAGUGGAGGAUACCGAGGCAGCUCCUGUUCCUGAGGAGCCCACGGUUUAGGACUGGAGAUGGACACGCAGUGCAGCCCCUUAGAUUACAGAGCACAGCAGCAUGGCCAGGGCUCUUGUAGAGAUGCUGGCACAGAGCAGCACAGUGGAGAGGCUCCCCCUGCCUUCGGGGAUUGGGGAAGGCUUUGAGAAGGUCUUGAGAGAUGGGUAGGAGCUUGCCAGGAGAUAAGAGUGGGAAGCCCUUCCUGGCAGAGGGAACGUUCAGCCUGUUGCUCUGAGGAUGGUGAGGAGUUGGAACAUGGGGCGGUUCAUGGGGAAAGGAAAGCAGGGUCCUGGCUGGAAGGGCCGUGGAUGUUAGGCUAGGGGGAUUUGGUCUUUAUCUCAAAGACAGUGGGGAUGUAACUGGGGCUUGAUUUGCCACAGUUUUAAGGAAAAUAAUUCUGGGAGCUCCUGGAGGAUGUUCUGAUAUGGCCCAGAGGAAGGAGAGGCAUCACAAAGCUGAAAUGGGCUAAAUAAAUGGUCUCAUGACCAGGGGUUUUUGAACCUACCAGCUCUGUCUAGCCUGAACAUGCAAGGUUAUGGGACAGUCACUCUACACACUCCUCCCCUAGAGGGCCCUGGUACCUGGCCAAAGUCCCAGGACUCUGCCUGGAUGCAGUCAGCUGUACCCAGGUAGAUGAGACCAUUCUGGUUCAACAAGUACUCCAUGCGCUGAGCCUCAUUCUUCAGGAACACAGCAUCCUCUGGUGAGAGGUGGGUAGGGAUGAGGGCCUGUGGGGGUCCUAGGUCCACCCUCCACAUCCAGGCCUCUGUCCUCCCUGCCGAGAUUAGGUUUGGCUGCAGGCCACCCCGUCAGCUCUGGGCCUAAUGAAGACUGAGGAGGAAGUCCCUCUUUCACUGCCCCCACUGGGACCCAGCCCAGAGUCCCUGGGUCAAUCAGGGUGUGGCCUUUAUGGUCAGCCAGGAAGACAAGAACAACCUUAAAAAGCUUGGCUGGCCAGGUGCAGUGGCUCACGCCUAUAAUCCCAGCACUUUGGGAGGCCAAAGCAGGACAGUUUGAGGCCAGGAGUUCGAGACCAGCCUGGGCAACACAGCAAGACUCCGUCUCUACAAAAAAUAAAAAAAAACAGCCAGGUGUGGUGGUGCGCACUUGUAGUCCUAGCUAUUCAGGAGGCUGAAGCGGGAGGAAACUUGAGCCCAGGAGUUUGAGGUUGCAAUGAGCUAUGAUGGUGCCACUGCACUCCAGCCUGGGUGACAGAGUGAGAGAUUUUCUCUUAAAAAAAAUGAAAACCAGCCAGGCGUGGUGGCUCACGCCUGUAAUCCCAGCACUUUGGGAGGCUGAGGCGGGUGGAUCACCUGAGGUCAGGAGAUCAAGACCAGCCUGACCAACAUGGUGAAACCCUGUCUCUACUAAAAAUACAAAAAAUUAGGUAGGUGUGGUGGCACUUGCUUGUAAUUCCAGCUACUUGGGAGGCUAAGGCAGGAGAAUCUCUUGAAUCCAGGAGGCAGAGGCUGCAGUGAGCUGAGAUCAUGCCAUCGCACUCCAGCUUGGGCAACAAGAGUGAAACUCCGUCUCAAAAAAAAAAAAAAAAAAGAAAAAAGAAGAAAAAAAAGAAAA